CUUCCAUCAGCUGGGUCACUCCCCAAAUGCCUAGAACAGUUGGAGUUGGCCUCGACCAAAACCAGGAGCCAGGCACUCCAUCAGGGUCCCUCAUAUAGGUAGCAGGAACUCAAGUACUUGAGCCACCACCUACUGUCUCCCAAGAACAUUAGCAGGAAGCUGGAUCAGAAGCACGGAGAAGCUGGGACUCAAACCUGCACCUGAUCUGGGAUGUGGGCCUCCCAAGCAGUGGCUUAAUCUACUGUGUCACAAUACCUGCCCCCAACACAGAUUUCUGAGCUUCAUGCCCAAAGAUCCUGAUCAUUAGCUUUGGAUUGGCUCCCAAGAAUUUGCAUUUCUGUUAAGCAUUGUGAGUAGCAUUGAAAUAGGCAUUUACAAACCAUUAUUAAGUUAUUUUUUUCAAAGAUAAGUAUGAAGCCAUUGCAGAGUUUUAUUUAUUUCAUAUUUUGUAAAGGAGUGAUAUGAUCUGACAUAUAUUGCAAGGAUCUCUCUAUUCACUGUAUUGAAAAUAGACUGUACGAGGGCAAAUGAAGAAGCAAGUACUAAAGUCAGGAAGUUCUCAAUCAUCUAAGUGAGAAAUAAUAAUGGCUUGGAUCAGAUAGUAACAGUAGAGGGUGAAAAUUAAUCAGAUUCUAUACAUAUUUUGAAGAUGAAAGCAAUACUUCUUGGUGGAUUGGAUAUAGAUUAUGAGAGCAAGAAAGGAGUCACAGAUGGCCAAGAUUUGGAAUGAGCAACCAGUCCAAAAUGUAUGGAGACCAUUUUUUAAAAAGAUGUAUUUAUUUAUUUGAAAAGCAGAGCAACAGGGAAGGAGGGAGAGACAAAAAAGGAGAUCCUCUAUACCCUGGUUCACUGCCCAAAUGGAUGCAAUAGCCAGGGCUCGGCUAGGCCAAAACCAAGAGCAUGGAACUCCAUCUAGGUCUCUGACUUGGGUGCAGAGACCCCAGCACUAGGGGCAUUUUCCACUGCUUUCACAGGUGCAUUAACAGAGAGUUGUCUUAGUAGUAGAGCAACUGGGACUCAAACCAGCACGCAUAUGGGAUUCUGGCAUUGAAGGGGGUAGCUUAAUGUGCCACGCCACAAUGCUGGUCCCUGGAGACCAUUUUUUGACCUAUAAGAAUAGCGAUUUCAUAUGUUUCAACCUAACAGAAAAAUAGUUAGCUAUUAAGUUGGAGAAGACUGUGGGAGAAACUGACUUGGAGAUGUUGGUGAACAUGCUACCUGCAGCCCUGCAAAUGGUGCUGCAGAGAUCAGUCUGGAGCUCAGAGAAGUCUGGGCUGGGCUAAUCCAGGAGGCUGGGUUAGUAGACUGCCAGAGCUGGGACUGUAGAUACUGUAGGUAGAUGAAAUCAGUCUUGGAGAGGUGAGGUCCUCUAACAUUUAAGAGAAGGAGAGGAGCCAGCGCUAUGGCCUAAUAUGCCAAGCCUAUUCCUGCGACACUGGCAUCUCAUAUGGGCUCCGGUUCAUGUCCCAGAUGCUCCUCUCCCAAUCCAGCUGUCUGCUUAUGGCUGGGAAAGCAGUAGAUGAUCCAAGUACUUGUGCUCUUGUAUCCAUGUGGGAGACCUGGAAGAAGCUCCUGGAUCCUGGCUUUAGAUCAACCCAGCUCCAGCCAUUGUGGUCAUGUGGGGAGUAAACCAGCUGAUGGAAGACCCUUCUUUCUGUCUCUCCCUCUUUCUGUCUGUAACUCUGCCCCUUACAUACAUACAUACAUACGAGAGGGAGAAGAUGAGCAAACUAGCAAAAGAAACUAAAAAAUGAAGGUAGGAGGAAAACCAAGCAAGAGUGCUGAAUUGGAAGCCAUGUAAAGAACAUGGAAUAAGGAGCUUUCCCACUGUUCUUGAAGCAAGAGGAAAGGGGUCAGCGUUUCCUAUGAAAGUCCAAAGAGCAGAUAUUUUAGCCUUUUGGGGGCCAUAUGGCUUUGUUGCUAGUGUUCAGCUCCUGUGUUGUAGCAAGGAAGCAGCCAUGACAGUAUGUAAACUAAGGGUGUGACUGUGUUCCAAUAAAAAUUUAUUGACACUGAGCUUUAAACUGUAUACAGUUUUCUUGUAUAGUAAAAUAUCAUUCAUCCCUUGAUUUUUUUCAACUAUUUAAAAAUGCAAAAUCCAUUCUUAGAUUAUAGCCCUACAAAAAUGACAGCAAGCCAAGCUGGUCUGAUGGGCAGUGCAGAGAAAACGCUUUGGGCUUAUCAAUCUUAGUUCACUUCUAACCUUCCUUAAGGACCUUUUUGUUUGUUUGCAUCUGAUUUUGACUCUCCUCCAUUAGAUCAGGAUUCAUAUCCUUGUUUUUAUUUUUGGGUAGGGAUACCUUUGUACAGAUUGUACAGAAAACAAGAUUAAGUGUUCCAGAACAUAUGUUCUGGGCUUAUGUUUUCUUCUGUGGCAACAUUAUAUUUGUGCAACUGGGAAGAACCUUAAUACUUACCAAAUAUCGCUCUAUACAAAAUUUUCCCUACUUCAUUUGAGAAAGUUAGCUCACUCUGUUUUACCUCUGCCCUCCCCAGGGAUUAUACAAUGCCACUUUAAAAAACAGAAUAGGGUAGGUAUUUGGCAAGCAGUUAAGCCACUGCUUGAGAUCCCACAUCCCAUAUCGGAGUGCCUAGGUUCUAUGUCUCUGCCUUCAUAUAAAAUGAAAAUAAAUUUUAAAAAUAGUACGGAAAGGAUCAUGGUGUAGUAAUGGUGGUGGAUAUCAGUUGAUUGAAUGAGACUCCCUUUAGUUUUCUUCAGACUUACUGGGCAAAAGAACAUAAUGUAUCCUCUGAACACAAGAUAAGAAAUUCGAAGACUUUGUCAAUGAGUUAAAAUAAUUAUAUCAAUUAUAAGCUAAAAGGACUAUGAAAAUCUUCCCUCAAUUUUAUUCAAAUUCUUGUCUAUAAAUAGUCAAUGAAGUAGGACAGCAUGUGGAUGUCCAAGUGGGCCCUCCCUCUACCCCAGUGAAUUCUGUUGUCAGCAAAGUUAACACCAGUAUCUACAACCACCAUCUUAUCCAAGGAGGUGUGCCCCAGGAUCUCUUUAGAAUGAAACUGAUGGAAAAUAACUUGCCACUGUCAUCCUGGAAGUGUUCUGUUCCAGUUCUUUUGCUGUCACUUCAAGGUCUGAGUGAAGAAAGGAAAAGGCAAAAAGAUAGUAGUAGUAACAAAAAAAUCUCAAAGCCUUUGGAGUUUUGUACUUUAAUUAAAUGGCUAAUAUAAUUUUCUAUGAAACUUAAAUUAUAGCAGUAAAUACUGUACUAUAAUGGCGGAGAAAGUGUCUUAGCUUUGUUUUGUGGUCUGAGCUUCAACUGCUCAGCAAUAUUCAUCUUUUGUUAUCUGGAUCCUUUAACAUGGGUAGUUGAUCUGAAGAUUAAAACAUGCCAAAAUAAUCAGGAGCUCACGACGAUGUUUCUGUCCUCUUUAAUUUGGUAUAGAUGGUUUUACUUGCAUGCUUGUUGGUUAUUUAAAAAUUGAUAAAUUAGGAUAGUUGAAGAUAGAAAAUUACAUUUAUUUGGCUUUUGAAAUUGCCAAAGGGCUGUAGAGCCUUAAAAUGCUAUGAAGGUGUUGGGGCAGGUUAAUGUCUUUUUCCAGCAUCUUCUAGAUGAGGGAAGCAAGAUACACAGAGGUUCUGUCAUAGCUACCCAUCCACAGUGGUGAGUGACAGCGCCAACUUCUAAGCCAGAGGCCUACCAGCCUCUAGAUCAGUGAUUCUGAAAGUGUGAUCAGGAGGCCCUGGGGUCUUUAAGACCCUUGCAGAGGUACUACCAGGUUAAAUCUAUUUUGGGGGCAAUACUUAGAUAUUAUUUUCCUUUUUCAUGCUCAUUUCAUGAGUAUAGAGUUUUUCAAAAUCUACCUGGCACAUUAAUAUGUUAUCUUUCUGAACCCCAGUGACAUAUGUGCUAGUGUAUAUUCUUGGGUUUUCAGUAUUUCUCCAUAUUGAUUACUAGUGUGGCAAAUACUAAUAAACAUAUAAACACAAAAAAAUUGAAGAUUUUCAAAGGAUCCUCGGACCAAAAGUAUAAAGACUACUGUUUCAGGUAUUUUGCUAAUCCUGUUGGGGAGCUGAUCUCAUUUAUUUCUGGAUACACUGCAGGCUUAAUUAUCAUUCUCAUAGAAUACAUAAGAAGUGAAGGCUGGAGAAGUUAAUUACUUUCAGCAGGUCACAUGAGUAAUAAGUUGCAAGGCCAGAAUUUGAACCCAGGUUUCAAGUUCCUAACUGCUCUGCUGAGUGUGUUGUCAGGCUCAUGGUCACUCAAAGAAGAACUAGGAAAUGUCUGGAUUUGGAUACUAACCUCUCAGAAGAGGAACUUCUCCAUGGAACCUAGGCCAUCCUCCAGGGAUUGUAAAUAUGAAGAUGAUACACAUUGGUAGAGACCAUGUUCUAGUUUGAUUUGACCUGUACUAUGUGAAAAAUAAGACAACUGGGUGUCAAUUUUGUAAACUUAGAGCAUUUUAUUUCAAAAAGAAGUUCAGUGAUAGGCAUUUGGCCUUGCAGUUAAGACUCAUGUUAAGACAUCUGCUGCCCACAUUGGAGAACCUGGGUUUGAUUCCCAGUUUCAGCUCCUGACUCCAGCUUCCUGCCAGUGUGCCUGAGAGGCAGUAAGUGAUAUUUAAAGUGGUUGGGCCCCUGCCAUCCAUAUGAUUAAGCCUGCUUCUGGCUCCAAUCUUGGGCCCUGCCCUAGUUAUGUCCUGUAUUUGGGGAGUUGGCUAGUGGAUGGUGUGGAUCACUGUCUGUCUGUCUCUCUGUCUAUCUCUCUGUUGAAUUAAAAAAAAAAAAAAGUUCAGAUUGCCAGUUAUCCUUGAAAAAUGGGUGGACUACAUUGGUUUUCCCACCUGGCCAGAGUCAACUGCAGCUUUUGUCUGCUGCUGUGUUGAGAUGUGAGGUGUGUCUUCUAAUUUGCCGUAGGUACUGCUCCUAUUGCCUUCCCCUGCAGCGCGAGUCUCUCAUUUAUGUUAGUUGGGGUGCUUGGUGUGGAAACAGCUGGAGAUGUUCUCUCUGCUGUGCAUCAAUUAUAGGCCAUCUGCUUUCAACCUCCUCAAAACUAAAAACAGUAAAAGAGCGAGAGGCAUCCCAUUCUGCUUACCCAAACCUGGAUAUAGUAAAGUCCUAACUGACAGAACUGUUGGAGAGCAAGUUGCUUCCUUCCUUCCUUACUAAAGCAUGAAAUUCUGAUUCAUUAAAGAAUAAGAAUCUGCCACUGAAUUAACAUUUAUUUUUAAAUGUGCAGUCUUUUCUUUUUUAAGCGUAAUAGUGAAAUGAGCACAUUGCACUCACUGCCCUCAUUUUAUGUUUAUUUUAGUAAUGUCUAUUGUCCUCAUCAUUAUCGUGUCUGGACCCUUUAUGGCACUUAAAAUGUCUCUGUGAACCUCUGUGUGCAUGUUAGAUCAGUCAUUUGAAGCAAUUUCAGAUUUUUGAUCUAGAGGACAUUUUGAUAAAAUUAUUGAAUGCCAGAUUUUUAUGCCUAAAAUAUCAUCUCCCCAUGCUAUCAUACUUUUUAGAUAUAUAUUUGGUUGCUUCAUUUCUUCUUUUGCCUUAUCUCACUUAUGUAAAACACACAGGAAACAGAUUUGUUCACAAAUAUAUUUUGGGACUUACACAUUGUUUAGCACUUAACGAUAGUCAAUAGUAAAAUGAAUAAAUAUAUAAAUAUAGCAGUUAUGUAUCUGAUAAUUGAUUCUUUUCUAGCCCCAAGAAUUAUUAGCAGAUUUUAAUAAGAAUUUCAUAUUUUCACACAAAUAUGUUUGCAGUUCUGUUUGCACAUUGUGUAUUUCAUACUCCAGUUAGGAUAGCUUCCCAUUUUCUGAUAUGAGGUCAGUGGGCAAGUUAUACAUCUGUUGAGCUAGGAAUGAGGUAUACAUGGAGCUCCAGAUGCAUGAUGAGUCUGUUGAACUUGCAGGUUCAUCACAGUCUUUUCUGUACCAAAACACAGUCUUCUGCAGUCAGAAGUGGCAGCGUUAUUCAGCUAUAAGAAAAAUCUUGUGUAAUGGUAGCUUUUAGGCAAUGUCUCCUUUAAAGGGGCAUCCAGCUCUUAACCUAUUGCUGAAAGAGAAAUACCAUUGUCUAUUAAUACUACUGGAACUAAAGAUGAAUAGUGAAUCGGCCUUGAUCUGACAGUGAGUUUGACUUUGAUAGCUCAUCACUUAAAAAGAUUCUUUUAUAUUUAUGAAAAAAAAUCAUGACGUCAAGCCAGGGGGAAAAAUUGAUACCCGUAUUUAAGACCAAACUCGUAAGGCUUCCAAAAAAAAAGAAAAAAAGCCCCUUGUGGGAAUGGAUUUUUUUUACAUGCAUAACUAAUUAGCUUAGGUUAUUAUAAGCAGGGCUGCUGUGAUAAAGUUUCCGGUGGUGUCUCAGGGUACCUUGUUUAUAGUGCCUUCUCUAUGCCAGUCUUCAAACUGGAAUUAUAGAAAGUAGAGAGAGGAGUAGUCUACUGUUUCUCGCUGGAUUGGGGCCGCCUUAAACGUUGUUAUGCUGGAAAUGCUAGAAUAUAACCACUAUCAGGUGCAGACCCACCUCGAAAACCCCACCAAGUACCACAUACAGCAAGCCCAAAGGCAGCAGGUAAAGCAGUACCUUUCUACCACUUUAGCAAAUAAACAUGCCAACCAAGUCCUGAGCUUGCCAUGUCCAAACCAGCCUGGCGAUCAUGUCAUGCCACCAGUGCCGGGGAGCAGCGCACCCAACAGCCCCAUGGCUAUGCUCACACUUAACUCCAACUGUGAAAAAGAGGGAUUUUAUAAGUUUGAAGAGCAAAACAGGGCGGAGAGCGAGUGCCCAAGUAUGAACACACAUUCGCGAGCAUCGUGUAUGCAGAUGGAUGAUGUAAUUGAUGACAUCAUUAGCCUGGAAUCAAGUUAUAAUGAAGAAAUCCUGGGUUUGAUGGAUCCUGCCUUACAAAUGGCAAAUACGUUACCUGUCUCUGGAAACUUGAUUGACCUAUAUGGCAACCAAGGCCUUCCACCCCCUGGCCUCACCAUCAGCAACUCCUGUCCAGCCAACCUUCCCAACAUAAAAAGGGAGCUCACAGCGUGUAUUUUUCCCACAGAGUCUGAAGCAAGAGCGUUGGCUAAAGAGAGGCAAAAAAAGGACAAUCACAACUUAAUUGAACGAAGAAGAAGAUUUAACAUAAAUGACCGCAUUAAAGAAUUAGGUACUUUGAUCCCCAAGUCAAAUGAUCCAGAUAUGCGCUGGAACAAGGGAACCAUUCUAAAAGCAUCCGUGGAUUAUAUCCGAAAGUUGCAACGAGAACAGCAGCGUGCAAAAGAACUUGAAAACCGACAGAAGAAACUGGAGCACGCUAACCGGCAUUUGUUGCUCAGAAUACAGGAACUUGAAAUGCAGGCUCGAGCUCAUGGACUUUCCCUUAUCCCGUCCACGGGUCUCUGCUCUCCAGAUUUGGUAAAUCGGAUCAUCAAGCAAGAACCUGUUCUUGAGAACUGCAACCAAGAACUCCUGCAGCAUCAUGCAGACCUAACUUGUUCCACAACUCUUGAUCUCACAGAUGGUACCAUCACCUUCAACAAUGGCCUUGGAACUGGGACUGAGAGCAGUCAAGCCUAUGGUGUUCCCACAAAAAUGGGAUCCAAACUGGAAGACAUCCUGAUGGACGAUACUCUUUCUCCUGCUGGAGUCACGGAUCCGCUCCUCUCAUCAGUGUCCCCCGGAGCUUCUAAAACAAGCAGCCGUCGGAGCAGUAUGAGCAUGGAAGAAACUGAGCAUGCUUGUUAGCCAGACUCAGCCCUGUGUUCUCACAGACUGCUUCCUAUCUCGAUCAGAUUUCAUAAUUUACCUGAAGGGGUUUUCUUGAUAAUUUUCCUUUAAUAUGAAAUUUUUUUCAUGCUUUAUGGAUAGCCCAGGAAAUAUUUUAUUUUUUAGAAUUUUAUGAAACAGACUUGUAUAUUCUAUUUUGCAACUACAAAUGCCUCCAAAGUAUUGUACAGUAAGUGUGCCAUAUCUGUGAACUGAAUUUGCCAUAGACUUGAGCUUUCUGAGCAAGAGGAAUUUGCAUCAGAGAAAUGUCUGUCCAUUUUCAUUCAGGGGAAACUUGAUCUGAGAUUUUUAUGCCUGUGACUUCCUUGGAAAUUAAAUGUAAAGUUUAAUUGAAAGUGUAAAGCAACUAAAAGAGAGAAAGAAAGAAAGUUAGGAGAGAGAGAGAGAGAGAGAGAGAGAGAGAGAGAGAGAGAGAAAAGGAGACAGGGAUCCAUACUCUUUUCCAUUUUAUAAAUGCAUUGAUUCAUUGGUACUGCCUUAAAGAUCCAGUACCCUUCUAGCAUCAUUUAGCUUUAUAUUGCAAACUAUUUAAAGAACUACUAUAUCUUGUAAAAGACCAAAAAAGAAGAAGAAAAAAAAAAAGAGCAACCAUUUUCAUGAAGAUUGUUUUGUCAAAAACCAUGACUAAAUGACUGAUACCAACACAAGGUGAAGGGUGUUAGACCCAGGCUCUGAAACAGUCAAGUCUUACUGUUUUCUUCUGUGCUGUUACAGUUUUCUUCAUUACUGAAUUGAUGAGUGUCAUUCAGUUUUUCAUAAGGUGGACUUUAUUUUGGAAUGGAAAUGAAUGUCCUCUCAAAGUACAAUAUUGAGGAGCACUGAAAGUUUGUUUUGCUUUUUGUUUCCAUUUUUGGUUUUGAUAAGACAGCUGAACUGGGCAUAUUUCUAAUUGGCUUUACUAUUUUUGUUUUUAAAUUAUGUUUUAUUCAUUUGAUUUGUACAGAUUCUUUAUUAUCAUUGUUCUUUUCAAUAUGUUUGUAUUAAUUUUUAAGAAUAUGCAUCUUAAAAUGGCAGGUUUUCAAUAUUUUUACAACUCACUGGUGGUUUUCCGCAUUCUUUGUACACCCAGGAAAGAAAACUUUUAUGCAAGGUCUUGUGCUUAAAGAGAGCUUUGCAGAUAUUUUGUAUAUUACAAUCUCAUUCAAAACUGGUUUUCAAUACACAUUUAAGGUAUAGUACUAGUAGGUUAAAACCAAGCUUUCUAGAAAGAAUUAACUUACAUAUUUAUUUUUAGAAUAUAAAAAUAGCAACAUUCUUGGAAACAUAACCAUAGCAUUCUAUGCCCGUGAUGAUCAUUUAAAUUGGGGUUUUAUUUCAGCAAAUCUGCUGAAUUUUUUUAAAGAGAAAAAUACUGUAUUGGCAAAUUACUGUUACUUGAUAACAAUGUUUUAACAAGCAGCAGUGUUGUAAAGGUAGUUGCAGUGCAUUAUCUACUUGUGUAGCCCUAUGCAAUAACAGUAGUGUUACAUGUAUCAAGCCUAGAUAUUUUGUACAGAUGUCAUAGAGUGUUAGGAGCCAGGCUGUUGAAUGGGGUUACUCAGAAGCAGCCUACAGUUGAAUAGUGACUGGUACAAAGCAUAUCCAUUCAGAAUGAAGUGCCUUAAAUAGAGCAGUAGUCUUCUGGGGACUAGCACUGACUGAACUGUAAUGUAGGAGAAAGUUUCAAGGUGGUAUUAGUAGUUCAGAGGAAUGUAUAGCGUGGUGCCUAUGUAGACAAUAUAAGAGCUUCCAAUUUUCAUUCAGAUAUUUUUAAUAUUAAAUAUAUUUAGGGACUGAGUGCCAACUUCUUUCAUCAGGAAACCCUAUUCAGGAGGGUUUUUUUUUUUAAGUGUUUAAAUGUCAAAUGUGAAUUGGUGGUGGGUGAUGGAGGGGUCAGAGAGAAGUGAUUGUCAGAUGUUUGAAUGAUGGCUUAGGUGAAAAUAAUCAAUUGUGUAGAUCCCAUGCACGUUGGGCAAUGAGAAUCCUUGGAAACAUUGAUGAUGCUAUCAGUUUUAUAGCUUUAUUACAGGGGGUAGAGAAAGUUAGCUCCCGUGCUUUCAACUCCCUUACUUAUAUAGCUCUUUUCCUAGAAUAGCAAUGCAAAUCUGCAUGAACAGCUAAUUGUACCAUAGUAUUCAUUGAUACAAUCAUAGCAUUGUCUAUUUUUCUCUUCAUAUUUAUAUAAGGGGAGGGACUGGGUGCAAAAGCCGAAGACCUUGAUGCUAAUUUUCCUUAGUUGAUUUUGAGGGUUUUUAGAAAUAGAGCAAGAUUGAGUAACCCGUGGCCGAGGUGAUGUGGCCAUGGGUAGGCAACCAUAUGAAAAGCUUUGUUGAGAGCAAGUAUGGCAUCUUGUACCACUGCCCUGACUCUUGCAACUCUGGAGUUUGACAUCACCUGUUUUUCCCAACCCCUUCUGAAGAGACAAUUUUUGGGGAGUGACAGGUGAGCAAGUCCAGGAGGAUGCUGCAACACUGGGGGUGGUUUUAUUUAUUUCUUUAUUGCCAAAUAGAAUGUGGAUUCGUUUUAGGGACUAGUUAAGCCAAGAGGCAGUGGUUUGGGCUUCUUGUCUGUAACAAGAAAAUGAUCUGCACCACCUCCCCCACGCCUCUGGGUGCAGAAUUCUCACUCGGGGUUGGACCUCCAUAUGGGGUGUCCAAAAUGCCAAAUUGUUCACCUGCCUCCAUGUAAGGCAAUGGAAAUACCAAACCUUCUGACUUUGCCAAAAAACAUACAGCCAACCUAACCUGGUCAUGCCUUGGAUGACAGAGUUCUUUCUGGUUGUUUUUAAACAAUAAAGCAAUAAGAACAAAUUUUAAGAAAACAUAAAAAGUUAAAAGACAUAAAGCACAAAGGAAUGCACUUACUAAUAUUUUUGAAAAAUGCACUGGGGAGAAGUUGAUAUUGAUAAGAGUAUAAAAUAAACCCCUAUUUCUUGAUUUUAAAAACAUGACAAAUGACUGUCUCUUGUGGACGCUUGGUACUGUAAUGUUAAUAAUAGCCACCUGCUGUUGGAUGCAGCAAUAAUUUCUGUAUGGUCCAUAGCACUGUAUUUUAUGGAUCAAUAUUCAUGUAUCCAAUGAAACAACUGAACUGUUGUUCUUGAUAGCCUCAUUAAAGCAUUUGGUUUUUCACAUA